AUGGGUCGGAGGAAAAUUGAAAUCAAGGCCAUUAAAGAUGACCGCAAUCGUUCAGUAACAUUCUUGAAGCGAAAAGGGGGCUUGUUCAAGAAGGCGUAUGAACUGUCCGUAUUGUGCUCAGUUGACGUUGCCGUCAUUAUCUUUGGCCACAAUAAAAAGUUAUAUGAGUUUUCAUCCGGUGAUAUUGGAGAAACUCUAGGCCGAUAUCAAUACUGGGGUCCGCCCCAUGAACAUAAAGGGCCAAAUGAUUUUUCCGGCAGAGGUGGCGAUGAGGAGGAGGAUGAAGUUGACGAAGAUAUGAUCGCGGAAGAAAUGGGUGCACCAACUCAAAAUAUUAUACCACCUCAACUUCAGAAUCAACCGGGCUAUCAGCAUAUCAACCAUGCUCCGUCUGCGUCUCCUCCAAUUCCCAAUGGAGUUAGUUUUGCUCCCCGCCAUGGAACUCCGCAACCACAGAAUUCAUCCCGUCCCUCCUCGCGGAAUCAUAUUCGACAAAUGAGUACGCAGUAUAGCGGACAUGCGCAAGCGCAUGCUACACCUCCCCCCCCCGCAAACCCCAACGGCUAUACUUACAUGGCAAAUCCGUCAAUGUAUAACCCCAAUUCAAACGCAGAUAUGAAUGGCCGACCUCCUCAACAUGGCCAAUACCAUCAGUUCGCUCACCCCUCACACCCUGGAAGUCAACAAGCUCAAUCCAUACCACAGCAACAUCAACAUGCUCCACAUCAGCCGCCUCAUCUGAAUCUACCUACGCAUCAGCACCAGUCAAUACACAAUCCAUACAUGCAAGAUCAGGGACGACACUCCCUUCCUGUGUCGAUGCCCCCUGAUACCCAGCAAUAUCAGUUUCGGCCAACCUUAUCGCUCCCCGAUCCGACCGGGGCGCAGCAAGCAGGGGAUGUGAAGGCUGAAGGGAAUUCAUCACCAAAGACCAAAUCGCGUAGUAUCUUCACACCGAUUGACGACCAGACGUCGGUGUUUUCUCGUCAUUUAUUCGGCAGGGCGCCUUUACGUGAAUCACCGCAACGUGAUACAUCAGUGAAGCAAGAAUCAAAACCGACAGGCCCCGUUAACCAAACCCUUCCUCUUCCAAGAGGCGGACCACCACCGCCACCCCCUAAUCGUGCCGCAACUGAACCUCAAAGAUCGCAAUCAACGCCUUCUCUGAGCGAUUCACAACAACCAUCGCGACCCAAGCCGCGACUCAAGGUCCAAAUCCCGAGUGACCACUCAGACAGUGGUAGUGCGACAGGCGAUUCCUCGCCCCGUGAUUCGACGGGUAAGACAGCUUCAACCUCUGCCAAGAAAUCAUCCGAGACUGGUGCUACUGGCGUUGUCCAACUACCGCCGCCCCCGCCAUCUCCAGGCGCGGGCGGGCCUAUUCUUAGCGCUGGUGCGCAAGGCCCACCUAAUCCGUUCGCUCGUCCGCCUCCGCCCGGUCCGAAUGCGCAGAACGGCGGGGGUUAUGGCGGUAGUAGUAGCAGCAGCAGUAAUCAGAACAUGGAAACUCCCAUUUCGGCACUUCCUAGUCGAUUCGUUUCUGAUGCACUUCUUCCUUCUCCUUCAAGCUUCUUUCCUGAAUGGGGUUUCGGUAGAACAGGACCAGAUACCAGUUUGUUACCGAGUCCGUUACCAUUCACCCCUGCAGUGCAGACCGGGCCCGGUUUUGCGCGCGACGAGGAAGCAGAAAGGAAGCGCAAAAAUCCUGAAGAGGGAGGGGAGCCUGCGGAUACAGGUGGCAAGAAACUGAAGACGUGA